AAUUCCAGCUUAGAAAAAUAACUCCUGACAAUAACAAAGAAUUAGCAAAAUGACAAAACCUAGAGAUAUCACGUUUUUUCAAACUUUAUAUAAAUGUUAUGCUCAACCGUUAACUAAAAAAUAUAAUCGAACAUUAUGCACAAUAGCCGGAGCUACUGACAGUGAAACUACUGAUUAUAGUGUGGCAAAACCAUUUUCUGAGAUUCCUGGGCCAAAGGGUUUACCCUAUUUUGGCACUUUAUUCCAAUAUAGAUUAGGUCGAUACAGAAAUAUUGAUAGACUCCAGGAUGCGUUGAUGGAACAGCACAGAACAUAUGGUAAAAUAAUGAAAGAAACUCUACUUGGGGAAACAAGUAUUCAUCUGUUUGAUCCAGACUACAUCAAAUUGGUGUACCAGAAUGAGGGGAAGAAUCCGUACCUGAAGCCGCUGCUAGAGACGGCGCAGAUCUACCGCAAGAUGAGACACAUGUCUCCUGGCUUGGGAAAUAUGAAUGGAGAAGAAUGGUAUCGGCUUAGGAGUGCUGUUCAGAAGAUGAUGUUACGACCAAAGGAGGUCACAGUUUAUCUCCCAUUGGUUUUGGAAGUUGCUGAUGAUUUUCUUGCCAGGAUAAAGAGUCUACGUGAUGAAAAUGGAGAAGUCAAAGAGUUUGCAAAUGAAGCAGCCAAAUGGUCAUUGGAAUCGUCUGCCAUGACAUGUUUUGAGAAGCGUCUUGGCUAUUUACAUGGAAGGGAAGACAACUCUGACGAAGGUCAGAAGAUGGUGGAUUCCAACACAACUCUUUUCUGUCAGUCAGCCAAACUCAAAUACUCGCUACCAUUGUACAGGAUUUUUCCAACACCUAAGUGGAAAAAGCUUACAGAGGCUGAAGACUAUUUCUUUGGGAGAGGCCAGAGGUUAAUCAGUGAGUGUGUGUCUGAGAUAAAGACUCUGUCAGACAAAGGGCAACUGGAGGACGGCCAGUACAAGUUCAUGUCCUACUUGAUGUCCAGGCCGGAACUCGAUCUCAAGGAUGUCAGCAUCAUCUGCCUGUCUUUAUUUGCUGAUGGUCUCAGAACGACUGUUCCAGCCCUGCUGUUUAAUUUGUAUACUCUAGCCACUAACCCAGAGGUUCAGGAGAAGGUUUUGGAGGAAAUCAGAACUGUGCUACCAGUCGAUGGAGUCAUGAUUACCCCUGAGAUCAUCAAUCAGAUGACUUAUCUCAAGGCCUGUGUCAAGGAAACAUUCAGGUUAUUCCCAGUUGGGUUAGAUGUGUCCAGAAUCCUACAGAAAAACAUUGUGAUUGGUGGUUACCAGCUGCCUACUGGAACACAAGUGGUACUGAACAAUUUUGUGCUGUUCAAGAACCCCAAGCAUUUUGUUGACCCUGAAGACUUCCAUCCAGAAAGGUGGCUGCGUGACGGAUCAGCGUGCAAUGUCCAUCCGUACAUUCUUACUCCAUUCGGCCAUGGUGUGAGAAUGUGUGCAGGUCGGCGAUUUGCAGAACAAGAACUCUAUGUUUUAUUGACAAAGAUUUUACUGAAGUACCAGAUUCAGUGGCAUCAUGGGAAGAUGGGCCAGAAAUACGAAAUUCUCAUGGUUCCGGACUGUCCUGCUCAGUUUUCGUUUGUGAAACGAUAAUCACAUUUAUCUUACUCAAAUGACUGCCAGAUUUCUUGCAUUAUGUUAUCAAACUUUGAAAGCUUUGAACAUGCAAAUUCUCACAAAUAAUCAUGACUCAUUUAUUCUAAUGCAGGGCUUCAAGUCCCAAAACAAGACUCACAGACAUGUUAUAUAGCACUAUAAAUAGCAAUUUGCAAUAUACAUUUAAUAAAAAAGUAUAUAGGUUGCUUUACACAACGUUACGAAUGUUCAUAUUUUCGUCUGUGUUACAUUUGUUUUUCUUUGUUUUUGAAACUCUCUAAUCUGCUUCUAUUUUAUCUUAUUUUAUCUUCUAUUUUCUCAUUGCCUCAUAUUUUGAAUAAUUAUAUUGGAUUAGGUUUUAUGUUAUUGUUACCGGUACAUUUAUCUAGUAAUCAAGUUCUUUUCUUUGUUGCUAAUUUGCUUCUCUUGAAUUUUAUUUGAUCUUUCUUUUAUUUUUUUCUCAUUGCCUCAGUUAUUAUAAAAUUAUGUGGAAUUACAUUUUAUAUCAGUCACUUACUGAAAUAGAAUUUUUUUUUUUUGUGGAAUUCACUGGAAAUCAUUCAUUGCAUUAAACUCAUACUUUUACCAUAGAAACAGGUAGAAACUUCUAUACUUACAUACAGUUACGGUUCAGAUAUUUUGUUGUGGGUACAAACUCUAACAGCCAGAGUUUGUACCCAAAAUUUGAAGAGAGGGAAGGGGCAUUAAUGGUGUAAUAUGGAUAAUUUGAAAUAACACAUGAAAAAGCCUGAAUAAAGUGUUAAUACCUAGGUCAAAAAGAAAAAGAAAAAAAGAAUUGACUGCUUGGCCAAAAAGUUAUACAAUAUGGAGCGUUUUAGAAGGAUUCUAUUAUAGAACGUGACCACCAUGCAAAGAGAAUGCAUAUAGGAUUACCUUUGAGGUCACCUUUUCGAGUACACAGAUUUAAUCCAUUGAAAAUUGCAUUCGUGAGUGGCUGAGAAUCUCUUCUUGUCACACCACUAUGUGAGGUAGUGUGGUGUUGAGAAUGGGAACAUGUUAACUAACAGGUUCUCGUGUCUUUGAAACGUUUAGGAACAUGUUCCCUGCACCACAUCUGAGUUUUAAAUACAUACUGAUUAAGACCCUGAUAUGUAUAUAUCAGAGUGAACUCUUUCGGAAAUGACUAUUUUUCAAAAGUAUGUCUCUAAACAUUUUCAUUUAACUGGAUGAGGACAGGUAUAAUGUUCCUAAAAGAUGUUUGUAAAGGAAAGGAAUGUUUGUUUUACAACACCUUGACACAUUUUACACUCUGGCUGUUUUGUGUCUAACAUGAUUAUUUUGACACUUGAGAGAUCAGAGAGGAAGGGGGGGGGGGGGGGGAGAUUGAUUGAUAUACUUGUACAUACAUAGUAAUUUUUCACCAGUGCGAUAGGGGUUGAAGUCAGACUACAAGUAAAAGGUCAGACUAUAAAUGUCCAUAAUGACAUGGAAACUUUCCUACGUUCUUAUUUUUCUUCUUUUUAAAAAAAUAUAUUUUAUUGCCCCAGAAACCAUUCGAUAAUACUUAUAGCUCUUCUUGUAUAACCCAGUUGAAGACUAACAUUUUUUACGCUUUUAUUCAAUAUACAAUGUAGGACGUAAUACCCAGUUUCCAUUAGUAAUUAUUGCCAUACUAUAUUAUUUUGGUGAUCCAAAUGUUAGUGUUGACGAAAAUUUAAAUCUGUUGAAAACUUCUUUAUAAAUAGCAAGCGUUUCAAGAAUAAUUAACGAUUCAUUAUCUAAACUGUUUGCUCCUCGUUCAUUACUUCAUUCUUUCUGUUCUUCAUCUUUACUUUUCUAUCGUUCUGUCUAGCCUUCUAGAUAAGCAUAGUGGUGGAAAUAUUUUUAUAUCUUGAUGUACUAAAUGUGUAUGUAUUAAAUGUAGGGAAUUAACUGUUCGUCAAUCCAAACCCUGCAUUUGUUUGAGGAAUAAAUAUUAUUUAAACUAAA